ACCUUUUGGUCUAAAAAAACAUUACUUCAGCAGAGUUAUAACGUGGUUAGAGUAUAUAUUUUCAAUCAGUAUGUCUGCUAGCACACCCGAAAAACCGAAACCAGACUACAGCUAUCUCAAGCACCCGCUAUUCCCCGAUGGUUAUCCUUUGUUUCCUGGUUGCACGCAAGAGAUUUUCGACUCAGCUCAAGCCUACGAGCCGGAUUCGUCCGACAUUUUUGUGGUCACCUAUCCCAAGUGUGGGACAACAUGGAUGCUAAAUAUACUGUACCUCAUUGAGCACGGAGGCAACAUGAUUGGUAGCGACGACAACCUUAACUAUCACUAUCCCUUCUUAGAAUUAGUCGGCGGUGACAAGGUACAGGAGUUUAAAGCACCGAGGGUCAUUAAAACUCAUUUGGACGACCGAAUGAUUAAGCACAAAGAAGGCGUCAAAUACAUUUUCGUAGCUCGUAACCCGAAAGAUUGUGUUGUCUCGUUCUUCCACCAUACGCUUGACUUCCAUAACUUCUACAAAUAUAAGGGCGGAAAGUUUGACGAUUACUUUAAGAUUUUCAUGCAGGGCAAAGUUGACUGGGGCGAUUAUUUCGUUAUGGUGCCAAGGUGGUACGAGAAAAGCUUGAAGGAGAAAAAUGUCCAUUUCGUGCUUUACGAAGACAUGAAAAUUGACCCCAAAUCGGAAAUUGAAAAAUUAGCGAAUUUCUUGGGGCCGAAAUGGUCAGAUUCAAUCAAGCGUGAAGGAGUUUUAGAAAACGUCAUCAAGAACUCUUCUUUCAACUCAAUGAAGUCCAACCAUUUGAAAUAUUGCAUCACUAUUGCUCCUAAAGAUCUGAAAUUUAUGAGGAAGGGAGCGGCCGGCGAUUGGAGGAAUACGUUGUCGGAGGAACAGAGUCAAGAAAUUGACGAAAAGAUGAAGAAAGUUGGAAAGGAGUAUCCAGGGUUUGAUAAGAUCUGGGAAAAAUACCCAGACCUUCUGUAAGACUCGGAUAUAUAUUGUGCGUUUUAUUCAUUACACAGACGCUAUGUCAGAGGCAAUUAAGAGUCCCAUUAAAAAUCAGUAUCAACAUUGCGUGUUCAAUAUUAUAAACGAAACUUUGUGGAUGUAUAUGUGCAUAAAUAAAGGUUGUGUUGUAUUCA